UACGGUGUGUUUACACAUUUUCCAGUCUAAUUUUAACCGUCGAUCCGUGCGGACGGCUCCGGACCACCGUCACAACAGCCCGAGUCUCCCUCUGUCUCUGUUUCUCUCUCUCUCUCUCUCUCUCUCUCUCUCUCUCUGUUUCUGUCUCUCGAUCGGGGAUCGGUUUAUUGAACCUUUUGCAAAAGGGUGAGUCGAUACUGCAAUACCCAUGGAGUGUGUAGUGUUAUGUGAACGUUUACUUCCUUGACAUCGCUAGUAUCGCACCGAAUUUAUAGUACAGCAUUAUGGUACUUUAAGUUUAGCAGUUUUAGUGUGGCAGUGGAUGGGAAUACUGGAAUUGAUGGUGUUGAAUGAAGUGCAACUAGAUUAUAAAAUGUCAUAGUAAACAACUUAUUUGAUUGUGUUGGUUAAAAGUUAUGAUGUGCUUCGAACAACCACUGUGUAGUGCAAAUUCGAAACAGCAGUUACCAUACAAAAUACAAUCAAACUGCAGCAAAAAAGCAAUUUCCUCAAUUCUAAUUCAGCAACCAAAUGCACGUUUUUGCUGCAGUGUGUAACGUAGUUUGCUCAAACACAUUCGUCAAAUGCCACCGAUAACAGAAACAGGAACAGAAGCGACGCAAGAUCGACAACCGUACGGAAGCCUUUUACAAGCACUGGACAAUGUAGACCGGAAACAUAGUGCAACGAAUUGCUCGGUGUAGCAAUUAGUGCAAACGGAACGUAUCUUCAUUCGAUCCUGCAACCGAGCAGCACCAAACACGGAACCGCACGGCCGACCGAAAACGCUCUUAUCUCAACGGACCUGGAGCACAGCCAAAGCGAGGAGGUGAAACUCGCGAAACGUUCCUCCAUCCUCGGUGCUUGCCGGCUCGAUUGAGGUCUCGGUAUCUUUCGGUAAGCGCGUAAGUCGCACCUCAGCUACUCAGCUACUUCCUCGUCCGCUGAAAGAUGUACAACCUGCGAAUGGAAACGUUUCAUCGAGUGCGGUCAUGAGUGGGAUGCCCAAGUACGCCAAACUGCAUCCUAGUGCAGUGUUUUUUGUGCUUCAACUGACCUGUAUGCUGCCUUGUUCGCCAUUCGCCAUUGAAAGCCGAUCUUCGUCUGAUACUGAAAUACCCAAAUUGCAACAGUGUUCCACCGGGGCAGAUACUCAGCUCAAGUGCGGCAUCAAGGAGCAGCACGCGGACCACAUGAACUCCUCCGACGUGCGGUGGUACUUUAAGUCUUGUGGUGGCGGCUUUCAGCAAACGGCCUGCAGUAACCGGGCCCUGCUGGAUGCACUCGACUGGCAGCCGCUCGAUUGCGAUAAUAAACCGUGCCGAGUAACGCUGACGAUACAGAACGCCUCAGAGACGGAUGCCGGCCUGUACCGCUGCACGAUACACCCCUACCGGACGGACAAUCGAACGCAGCUGGACAUUCAGCUCGUCCGCACGUUCGAGCUCGUCGUGACAAAAUGGCCGCUGGAUGAGUCCAUACCGGCGCCGGAGCUGCUGGACAAUCUGCCCGCUAACACGACGGCCCUGGCUGAGGCGCAAAUUGUGCUGCAGUGUCGCGUGCACAGCAAGGUGCCGCCCACCAUUAAGUGGUUCCGGCGUAUCAACAAACGGCUCGGGGAGCACAACUUCAAUCAGAACAAAUCGAUCCGCUACUUGGAGAACUUCUACGAGCUGCUGCCGUCGGCGGGUGAGAAGCUCCUGUCGCACGACGUCUAUCUGAGCAAACUGAUCCUGUACAAUGCGUCCGAGCGCGACAUCGGGAUAUACGUGUGCGUUGGCAUUAAUUAUGUCGGUGUCAGCAUGGCCGAUGCGUACGUCAAUCUGCUGAAUCCCAACGGCACACCGGUGGAGGAAGGGGCGGCCGGUGCAUACGUAGAGCUUAUGGUGCUAUUUCUAAUACCGGUUGCAUUGGCGCUCAUUCCGCUGCUCGGAUGGAUAGUGUUGAAUUUGCUACGUGCCAAGCACCAGGCGGAGGAAAAAUCGCUAGUGCAGCUGCACGAUUCACUGGUGUAUGAGCCGAACGUACACGGCGGCUCGGCUGUGCAGCGGAUACAACAGGGAAGAAACGUCGUUAGACUAAAGAACACGGAACACUUUUAUGAGAAAGUUGACAUUGUAUAAGUAGUUAUCAGUGCCAUUCGCAUGUACAUAGUUAUUAUAACUGUUCGUAUAAAUGUGUUAAACUAAGCAAUACUAAGUAAAUCAUUGUGAAUGGCCACAAUAUAGAUAAAUCAUUAUUGGAGAAAUA